AUGCCGUUGAAUGUCAAUGGAAACCAUUGGAUGUGUCUUGUUGUCAACCGACCGCGGCAGACUAUAUACUGCUACGAUAUUAUGAAGCAGCCGUACAAGAUUGUUGCUGUCCACACCUCUGUCCAGACUGACAGCAACAAUUGGGGAUUGUUUGUCUGUCUGUACUUUUGGCGUCGGGUGUACAAGGAAGCUGGCAACGACUACUCCGAGACUGGGCUGCUGCGCCGUCGCUGGGAUGUGCUGCGAUCUGUUAUUGAGCUCAGCGACUCUUGCAAGAAGGAAGACGAGGAUAACGAGUGA